UGUCAAUUUACCUGUCAGUGUCAAUUCAGUCGGAUAUCAUGAAAAGUGCGAGCGUUUGUUUGAGCACGUCCUACCUUUCGUCUUCGAUGUAUUGCUCUCUACUUUCACCACUUCGUGAAUAGUUAAUAGUAUCAGUUUUAAAUGUGCUGUAACAGAACUCGGUCGUCUUCUUAAUAUAUAAAUAAUACUCAUGCCAUGGCGACAGGCGCUACCGAAAUGGCAUACAAAAAUUAUUGUGUAGUGUUUAUAAUAUUCGCUCUUGUGAUAGUUCAAGCAGUCGGUUACGACACUGAACUGUAUGAAACAAAGCCUUGCGACAGCAAUGCAUGCUUUGACGAACUCCACGGGUCAUUGGGCGACUGUUCGUGCAAUGUUGACACCAUCGAUUACUUUAAUAAUGUGAAGAUUUACCCGCGACUUCAGAGUUUAGUUAGGAAGGAUUACUUCCGCUUCUAUAAAGUAAAUUUAAAAAAGGAAUGUCCAUUCUGGGCGGACGAUAGCAAAUGUGCAAUGAGGUUCUGUCAUAUCAAAACCUGUUCCAAAGAAAGUGUCCCUGGAUAUGAAAAUGGAUACGAAAACGAGCAUAUAGACGAGUCUCCCGCGACGAAAUAUUCUAAAGAGGCGCAAUCUAACUGCAACUCGGAUACAGAUCACGACCAUGACCUGGGUUACUUAAAUAUGACUAUAAGUGCUGCCAGUCAACAUGAAAUAGCCAAAUGGAAGGCCUAUGACGAUGCUCUAGAGAACUUCUGUGGAUAUGACGACAAGGAUGUGGAUGCUGAGUAUGUGGACUUGUUACUCAACCCUGAAAGAUACACAGGUUAUAAAGGACCUUCAGCUAACAGAAUAUGGAGGAGCAUUUACCAGGAGAAUUGCUUCAGGCCUAAACCCAAUCCAUAUGAGUCCUUCCCAUUUGUGCUGACUUCAGACCUAGGCAACAUGUGUCUGGAGAAACGAGUGUUCUAUAGAGCUGUGUCCGGCCUACACUCAAGUAUUAACAUACACUUAUGUUCUAAAUACUUGUUGUAUGAAAAAGGUGCAGGUUUCACAUCAGAUGGAGAGUGGGGGCCUAAUCUAGAAGAAUUCCAACGUCGUUUUGAUCCCUCUCAGACAUUUGGUGAGGGUCCCAACUGGUUGAAAAAUCUUUACUUUGUUUACUUGUUGGAGAUGAGGGCAUUAGCUAAAGCGGGUCCUUACUUUGAGACUGAGGAAUAUUAUACGGGUAAUCCUACAGAGGAUGAGGAGACAAGGGAAGCGAUACAUAACAUGCUCAGUGUGAUAUACACCUUCCCGGAUCAUUUUAAUGAAUCAUCAAUGUUUAAUGGAGGUAGUCAGGCGGCUAAACUUAAAGUAGAGUUCCGAGAGCACUUCCGUAACAUUUCAAGGAUAAUGGAUUGUGUUGGAUGUGACAAAUGCAAGUUGUGGGGCAAGUUGCAGACCCAGGGCCUGGGGACUGCAUUGAAAAUCUUGUUCUCAAGUAGAUGGAACAGUCCGGAAAGUGAUCCAAACCAAGGCAAGCUGCCAGUGCGACAUAGAUCACAUGAGAGGUUACAGAGGACGGAGAUCGUGGCUCUGUUCAAUGCGUUUUCAAGACUAUCAGAGAGUAUACGACAGUUGGAACAGUUCAGGGUUAUGUUAAGCUCGCAAAAGGAAGGAGCGCAGAAGCAAAGCUUAUUCAGAACUAUCCAAGAUAUGAAGUGAGAAGAAUAGAAUAAUCUAGAAUAAUGUUGGCGUUAUUAGGAAAUGUAUUGAUGUUCCUCGAACAAUUUCCUCCAUACCUGUACUACAAACUCGUAAACUAGGAUCGUUGUCAUUGUGUAAGCAAGAUAGCGCAUUGCAUUCUGCAUAGCAGCGCCUCACUUUCACAACGGCAACAGUUCUGUUUUAAGAGCGCGUGGUACAAGGGCGGUGGAGUUUUUAUUCUAGACUCGUGUUAUGGUUAAGGCAAUUGUACUUGCUAAGAGAAUUUACUAGUUCCUCAAAGCAUAAUUAAUAUGUCUAUUCUGACGUUGACAGAGAUUUUGAUUGUAAAUAAAUAAUUGUUGCGGAGAUUUCAUGUGUUUAAAGUUCUUCCUAAACAGUCUUCGGAUCAAUAUCUUAAUACUCCAUUACUUGAAAUUAUUAUUUUUUACUCAAUUUGUUUAUUUACAAGUCUAAAGUAAAGACAACUGACAUUUAUGAACAAGUUAUCGCCGAUGGAAUCGUCUUUACAGAAAAGACGAAUGGAAGUCACGUGACAUUUUGACGCUUGUGAAAAUGACAGUUGUCUUUGGUACAGGAAUUUUGCGAUAACACUAUAUUUUUUAAUAUUUGAAUUUUAAAGAUGGCUUCCUCUUAACGCCAAUUAAAAAUCAUCACAAGACUUAUAUUUAUUGAAAAUCCAGUGAAGUGUAGAGCUUAAUUUUUAUACAGGGUAAAGCUAAACAUUGGUAGGUAUAAUUUAUCGAUAAAUUAUAGCAAGAAAAUUAUCGAUAAUAACCUAUAUUUUAGCUAUUUUCGCGGUAAUUUGACUUAUUUCACGGUAGUGUUGACCGUUGCACAUAACUAUUUUUAAUAAAUUCUUUGUUCUCAAUAUUACUCAAAGUAAUAAAACUAUUUUAUUCAAAUUGUAUUAGUGUGGAAAUAUAUUAAGGCGACUAUACACUGAACAAUCUUUGUUGUGUAAAGUCGUAUGUACAUUGUUAUGUAGCAAUUUUGGCGCCUAUUUAAAUUUUUUUUAAACCUUAGAUGUUCAGCUUUGCCCUACAUUUUGUCUGUGUCUAGUUUAAGAUAAAAUGUUAAGUAAAUGUAAUAUUAUUGUGAAUGAAAUUAAUGAGCGAAAGAUGACUAUGUAAGAUUUCUUCUUAAACUAUUAAUUUGUAUUCCUUUCUGGUCACAAAACCUCAGAUGAGAGAUUUCUAAAAAAAGUUUUAUUUGUAAUAAAAUUACUGUUUUGUUAAGCUAAAUUAUCUUGAACUAUCUUGAUACGAAUUUGUUGUAUUUUUUUUGUAAUUGACACAUAAAACAAUUCUUGUUUUCUUGAAAAAUAAUUAAGGUUAUGUAAAAGGUAAAUUGUAUCUUGGAACAAAUUAACUUCUGUCGCAUUAAUUGAUUUUAUUUCUAUUAAAUUGAACAUAAAUUUUGUAGGCAUCUCAGUCAGUGACGACUUGAUGUUAAAAUUAAUUAAUUUACUUAUAUAAUUUGAUUUGUUCACUCGCAGAACAGUUGAGAGAAUACAUUCAUUGUGCAAUAGCCUUCCCUCCAUUUCAAAUGGCUUUUAAUUUAUAUUUUAAUGGCGACCGCGUUGAACCUUUUAUUGCUUUAAAAUUUAGAGGCAGUAAAGUUUAACGGCGAAACCCAUGUUACCGAUAUCGACUUGAAUGCUCUUUGUUGAAUUCAAAAUAAACUGAAAAUUGUGUGACUAAUAUGUGGCGAAAAUGCUAGAACAUAUGAGUGCACGAAUAAGAGAACUAAGGCGGUCUGUUCUCAGAAUAAAUGGUCCAAUUAUCACCUCCAAUAAAAUUUAAAUACGAGGACUCAACAAUUUUUGAAAAAUUGUAGUUUUUCAUGCGAUGCUAUCAUUCAGCGUGGCAAUAAUAAUCAUGUAGAAAAUUAGUUAUUGAAGGACAAAAAUCAGAAGCAACACUCGGUUGACAAAAAAUAAAACUGUAAUUGUAAAGUCUAUAAUUAUUGUUCAUUGCAAGGUUAAAAACAUUUGAUACAAUCCCAAACGUGAUUGGCCGCAUCCCAAAAUCAAAAUUAACUAAAUUUAAAAUGUAAUGCGUUAUCGGAGAAUUAUUAGUUGACCGAUAUAGCAAAUAGAACGUACCGUUACAUUCUUAUUGUGUUAUUUAUUUUUGAAUUUGAAUGUCAUUAAAAUGAUGAUUAUGCUUUUGUUAUUAUAGUUUUGCCUUUGUAUUCCUACAUGUACGAAAGGUAAUCAUAGACAAAACAUGA